AUGGCGCGCCUUAAUGAGCCGCCUGUUGCGCCAGGACCUUCUGCUGAUUCAGUUGAAGUUGUAAAGCGCCGAUAUCUGCGGCAAAAUCGCGAGCUGGCGAAGAUAAACUCGCAGCAGUCCAUACGCAUACGGAAUCUGGAAAACGAAGGCUCGCGCCUCCUCGCCGAAAACCUCUCUUUACGCGAACAAGUGCUCCAAUUGCAGAACACUCUCGAAGCACGCUCCAAUCGCCCAUCAAUCGAGGACAUUGGCGAUGUGAAAAGUAGGCUUGAAACAAAGCUCGCGGAGUUUGGAAAUUUGGUCGCGGAACUCGGACAACUGCAAAAAGCGAAUCGUAGUCCACGAUGCAAGAGUCAGGCUGCAGCAACCAGGCGGAGUCCGGAUGAACGGCAAUGGAGAAGUGGGUUAGGGCUACAGGCUGUGGAGAAUGCAAUGUUGCCCACCAUUAUGGAGGAUAAGUAUUUUCCGAGAGAGACUAUGGGCGCGGACGAGCUUCAGAACAUGCUGGGUGAACCAGAGAGUCAGUCGCCUGAUAUUGGACCUCCACCCAUCUCGAGAUUCGACGUUGAUGAGCCCAUUCCCUUCCAACCCAACCGGUCACCUGCGGCUGAAGCGAACGAGAUGACCGAAGAAACCGAGCCUGCACUGUUAGUCAACCUGGAGGCCCGGAAAAAGCGUCGUGAAAGUGGCCCAAAGAACGAUCCGCGACGACUUUCGAUGUUCGAAACGUCUCCUGAGAAAGCAGAUGCACGACCAGCCAGAAGCGUUCGUACUGGGUCAAAGCGGAAAUUUAGUGUUCAGGAGGACGAAGACCAGGAGGGGCAGCCCAAAGAAGCGGACACGUUUACAUUCAAUCGCCGUAAUCCAUCGGACACAGAUGCAGCUGUAGCAUCCAGUGAUGGCAGCAGAGCAGAGUCACCUGUGAGACCUGCGCUUGCUAACAAACCCGUCAACACCGAUCCCGUCCUGUCACCGAAGAAGCAUAAAUCAUCUAGUGCAAAACCGGAGAAGAAGGCCCCUGGCCUCAAAACGAAUCGCGGACGUCUUACCAUCACUCGAACCAAUGCCCCUGAAAUACCCCCAAUUCCGCUACCGGCUCCCACUCCAGUCGCUGAGAUACAACCAGAGCCCCUCCCGCCCAAAACUCCUGCAGUUGUCGACAUAUUCUCACCCCAUUCCGAUAAGCCGUCAACUUCCCGACCCGAGACCAAAGAUACUCCACCUCCAGCGGAUUUGAAUUCGAAUGAUCAGACCGGACGUCCAUCUCGGAGAGCGCGUCCGCAAGUCAGCUACAAAGAGCCAAGCUUGAACACCAAAAUGAGACGACCGGGAAAAGAGUUGGUAGAUGCUGUAGUCGCAACAAAUAGAAGAUCAAGUGUGGAGCCCACAAGUACAGUGAAGCGGGAGCCCGAAGAGCAUAACUCAGGGUGGAAGAGGCUGCCAUCAGUACAGGGGCAUGAGAGUGAGGCCGCAGAAGCUGGGAGUCCACUGCGAGAGAAGCUUGGACGACGAGACGCCACGCAGCAGGGAGAUACCGCACCUGACCCGCCGAGACUCAACUCUUCAGCAGCAUCAAACGCCAUUUCAGCGCUGAUCUCCGCAACGAGUACCGCGAGGCGGAAAACCACUGCUGUCUCUUCAGCGGCCCCUGAAACGCACAAUGUUCCCGCUCCAGUGGCAUCCAAGCCGCUUACUGCUCCAGAUGGAGGCGCGAGGGCAACCGCGGAGAAAACGGACGACCUAGCGAUAUUUGACUUCACAGAUUCCUCGCCAAACGAUCCGCCUCUUUCUCGACAGCGUGCCGACCUCGCAAAGGGGCUCAAGACUGGUAGACGGCACAGUUCCGUUCCUGCAUCUUCGUCAACCGAGGAGCGUCUAUCCGGCUCAAAGAUAAAGCGUGACGAAAUUACACGCCCUUCACACUCGCGGUCCGGAAGCAGUUCCGGAAUCAGGAGUACGAGUGCAAACAAGCUACCGCAAGCCGACUCCAGGACCGGUUCGAAAGAUAAGCAGCCAUCGGGCCCACCGUCAGGUGCAAGCCAGCCGGACCUUCAGCCCUCAGACGAAGCAAUAAGUACCGCUAGUCUGAGGGGGGAGCGAGCAGAGCGGGCGGCUAGCAGAAGGAAGAGUAUGAUGCUGUGA